CUUCCUACUGUAAAACAAGACUAACACGAACUAUAAGAGGAACGUCAUUCGGAAGAAUUAGAAGCUCUUUAGACACAUCAUUCUGGUUCUACUCAAAGUCAAUUCCAAACUUCCAUCAAAAAACCUUCCCAAUCGUUCUAAAACCAUCCCACUCACUCCCAACCUUCACAAUGGUCAUCGCCAAGUCCUCCACCUGCUGCGGCAAGGGUAACGUCGAGUGCGCCUGUGCCAAGCAAGCCACUUGCUCCUGUGGCCAGCAGUCGGCCCUCCACUGCAACUGCAACAAGGCCCCCGUUGAGAACCAGGUCACUGGCCCUCGCUGCUCAUGCCGUGCCCGCCCAGCGGGUGAGUGCACCUGCGAACGCCAGGCCACCGAGAACGCAUCGGUGACCGGCUCCACAUGCGCCUGUGGUUCCAGGCCUGCCGAUGCCUGCACGUGCGAGAAGGCUGCUGAUGGCGACUUCAACCCGGCCAACGAGACUGACUUUACCACCAAGGCAUGAGCGGUCCUGGAUGGAUGGAGUGUGAAAGAGAUGAGUUGUCGCGUGGCGGCGGUACGGCGUUCGGUUGGCAAUGGGGCAUGUUGCGUACGUUGGGAGAGGGCGCAUAGGGCGGCGUUACGAUAUCCUUUUUCGCAUACCAUACGGAUACAGUGAAUACCAUAUAACGAUUUAAACCCGAAUUUGUCAGUCAAAGUAAAGUCACGCAUCGUAGUGAAGCAACAAUGACUCA